AUGGAGUCUGUUCUAAGCCACGUUGGUGCAGGUUUCUGCAAUGUCAUUAGCCCAAGAGGGGUUGUUAGUACCCAUUUCAAAGCUUGUUCCUUUGGUGGUGUUGGUGAUGGGAGACCAAGGCGUGCAGUAUUGGUGAAAGCUGAGGCUGUGAGCAUAAACCCUGAUAUCAGGAAGAGUGAAGCGAAGGUGGUGGAUUCUGUGGUGGUCACUGAACUCUCUCAGCCCCUCACUGCUUAUUGCAGAUGCUGGAGAUCAGGGACUUUUCCUUUAUGUGAUGGAAGCCAUGUGAAGCACAACAAAGCUACUGGAGAUAAUGUUGGGCCCCUUCUUUUGAAAAAGUAA